GAUUUAUGCCAGAGAAGGGGUGGAACGGAAAGAGAUGGAAGAGAUUUGAAUGUAUUUAAUUUUUCUGUUUAUUUAAUGUUUGGCUGAAUUUAGGCGAAAUUCAGUGUUGAAUCCUAUUUAAAGUCUGCUGCCAAAAAGCCCCUAAGAACUGCGUGGAUCGCCACCCAUUGCCGGCCUAAUUUGCGUUCUCCCAGCCUCCCGUCGCCGCAGUAGUCCCCUCCAAUUUCUUACUCGUCUUCCUCUUUCCCGAUUUCUUCUCUCGGUAACCUUCUAUCCCGGUGCUGUAUGCUCCUGAAUCCUGAUCUCUCUUCGAUACUUAAAUUUUCCAGCUGGAUGGGGUUAUAGCAUCAAAAUGUUCAUUUUCCGAUUGGGAUGCUGGUGAAGUUCUUGGGCAACCUGAGAUCGUAGUUUCAUGGAUAUAGCACAUAGUCAUCAUCGUGGAAUUCGACCAGUAUUGUUGCUUAUCAUUUUGUGUGUCAUUCCCUCUUCCAGCAAAGGAGAUUCCGAUCCUUUGGUUUCUUUGCCAACGAAGGGUUCACAGAAUAAAGAACUGAAUUUCUUUUGGGAGUUCUAACUUGAAUGUAGCUAUCCAAAUGUCGUUGGCUGCUCUGCUUGUUCACAAGAUAAUCUGAUGGGGUCUUUCUUUGAUGCCCACAUCAACCUAUCUGAUUCAGAUUUUAGUAAUUAUUUAGCUCAAAAUAUUCACUCUGGUGAUAUUUGUGAAGGCAUGAUUGAUAAUAUAGAUAUAUUUAGACUUUCAUCUCUUUUACGUGAGCUCAUUGGUGAAGGUUCCCAUAGACAACUAGUCACCACAAUGGUAUUCUGCCAUAAUCCAAAGUUUACUCAUUUUUUUGAAGACCAUUUUUGCGAGGCCAUUCUAGUUGAGUAUUUUCCUCCCGGGGUCUUUUCUGAUCUCUUUGAGCUGCAACAUCUGGUUUUGCGUGAAGUGUUUCUCAGUGUUUUUGUUUUUGGAGACAAAAACCUGGAAUUGCCUUCUGCUCUUUCCAAUAGAUCAGUAGUAGAGAUUCACAUAGAUGUCAAGAGUGAUGCCCACAAAGUUGUUGUUCAACUGCCUCUUCAUUCUAGAUAUCCGCCUCUUGAUUCAAGUGGCUACUCAAACAUAACAAUUGGCAAACCAGACCUGUUCAUGCGUUGCAGACCAAAAGACUCCCAAAUUGAACCCUGUUCUUGGACUCUGAUUGAUUUGGGCGUCUUAUCUACAAGCAACGUGACAUGGAGAAUUCCCUGUGGAAAUGAGGUGCACACAAGACCUGUAACUAUUAUAACCUUUUUAUCAGCUCUGAUCUGCUCUCUUUUAAUCGUUUUAUCAACCAUUUGUCAGUCUAAGAACAGAAGUAAACUUGAAUAGCCAUAAUUGAGCACUGAGCCUUCUUAUUGUCCUUGUAGUUAGUUGUACGUAGCAAUUCUCUUCAUUUGAGAGGUGAGGUCAUGCAUUUUGAAUAUUUUAACAAUGCAGAAUGGGAUGAUAUUUUUGUCCGAAAUCGUAGUAUAAGUGGAAUUAUGGGUGGCCCAU